AUGGCAAAAGCGUAUACAAUUUCUGAAUUUAACAGUCUAAGAAAGAAGAUUGAACAGAUAUAUGUUAGGGUGAAAGAUUACUUGCAGAAGGCUGGUUAUGACAAGUGGACUAGGGUGUAUGCAACUGUAAAUCAUGGUUUUACACUCACACCAAACAUUGUAGAAACCAUAAACAGGCAUCUUAAGGAAGCGAGAGAAUUGCCUAUAUAUGAUUUCUUAGAGGAAGUUGUACCUGGAAUGAACUAUGUUUAUGCUGUGCUACAUGAAGGUAGAGGUUAUAUCAUUUGUUUGGAGAAGAAGACAUGUACUUGCCAUAUAUUUCAAAUUGAUGAAAUUCUGUGUGCUCAUGCUUUUGUAGUGUUAAAGAGAAAAUAUUUUGAACCUGAUGAUUACUGCUCUAACUUAUACAAUCCAAUAGCGAUGUGGGGCACGUAUAAGAUCCCUAUAUUGCCACUGCCUGAUAGGUCUACAUAG